AGCUUGAUAGUAGAUUGAUGGGGUGUUGUAGGGUGAUUGUUUACUGUCUGGUAUUAUCUUAAUAUGAGCUCGAUGGGGCUCGAUAGGGACUCGAUGAGCUCGAUGUUUAGUUCGAUAUAAGCUCGAUAGUGCUCGAUUAUAACACAAUUUAUUCGUUUCUGCCCUAUUUUUAACCAUUUAUGAUGGUCCUUGCUAACUUUUUAUAUUGUACUCUCUUUGUGGCAUAUUGAUGCGGCACAGCACAUGUUUCGUAGGCGUCGCCAGUUUUUUCCCAUGACAUAUUGCCAAAAUGUUGUUGUGAUGAACCUUUUUUUCUCACUAGUGAUAUAUGCCCGAUAUGAUCAGUACAGGAUGAGUACCGACAAAAAAAGUUCUUGUGGGAUUCUGACAUGUUGUCCAUGGUGAUCGGCAUCGAGCAGCAGUUUCUGGCAUCUUGGGGAGGAGUUCAGAGUCUAUAUUGGUGCCAGACCUAUGAACAGCAACAUUGGCCAUUGAGGCUUCUAUUUCUAGUUGGGCACUAAUUGUUUAUGAUUCAGACAUAUCGGUGAUUAGUGAUGAAAAUAUGGAGGAAGUUAUGAAGCCACGGUGCUUGUUGUUUCCUUCUCUAUUGCUACAGAGUAAACUGUUCACUGAUAGCUUGAUGUUGAAGAUUCCUGCAGCAGGAAAGAGGCCCCAUCAGUUCAUAUGGCGUCGCCUAAAGCAACACAAGCUCACUCAGUCAAAGAGAAUUGGAGAUUGUGGUGUGUAUGUUUUCAAGCAUAUUGAGCAUCUCAUUGUCAGCAUUCCAUUGGAAACGAUCUGCGAUGAAAAUAUAGAGUUGUUCAGGAACAAGUGGAUGACAGACUUGUGGUAUCAAAAUGUGCGACCUUGACUGGCUUUUAUAUGAAACAUGUAUAUUCUGUUUUUUUUUAUGGACAUAUAUUAUAAGAGCGAUUAUGAUAUGCUCUUCAUUUUUUUUUUAUGACUGUAUAUAUACAGGGUCUUUACAUGUUCAGUUUGUAACUU